AUGGCUAUCGAAGUUGUUCCGCUCCCCACACCCGCCACUCUUGACGCUUCCAAGCUCCCGAAUUUUGGCCGCGAGGUCCGAGGCGUCAAGCCCGGUAGCCUGUCUCCGGAGGAGUUCAAGGAGGUCCACGAUCUGCUUUACAAGCAUGGCGCCCUCCUGUUCCGCAAUGCAGACCUCUCCCCCGAGCAGCAGUAUGCCUUGACCAAGGCAUUUGACCCGUCUUCCGAGAGCUACGGCCACGGCAACAACAAGACCGGCGCCGAGAAGAAGUCCAUCCUCCACCCCGACCUGAAGACGAUCCCUCGCGUGCCCCAGGUGCAGCUGAUCGGCAACGGCGUGGUCCACGACCACGAGGGCCUUGCCGAAGCCAAGCUCAAGCACCCGUCCCACACCACCUUCCACAAGACGCGUGUCUCUCCCGAGGACGAGGCCAAGGGCUACACCCGCUACUACCGUUGGCACAUCGACGCUGCGCUCUACGACCUCUCGCCGCCGAAGGUUACGACGCUCUACGGCGUGACGGUGCCGAAGGGCCCGCGCCAGACCGUGCGCUACGACGACGGCACCGAGGACGAGCUCGAUGUGCCGCUGGGGACGACCGCGUUCGUGGACGGGCGGACGAUGUUCGAGAUCCUCCCGCCGGAGAUGAAGAGUCUCGCGGUGCGCUCGAAGGUGAAGUACUCCCCUCACCCGUACGUUUGGAUGGCGCCUGCGCGCGCGCUCCCGACGGGGCUGGGGAUCAUGUCGGAGGGUCUGGAGAUGUCGAAGGAGGAGCUGCCGGCGUUCGAGGAGUCCAAGGUCAAGGUCUUUCCCAUUCUUUGGAAGAACCCGGUCACGGGCGAGCUUCACUUCCAGGUCCACCCUUGUGGUGUCGCCGAGCUUCUUGUCGACCCUCUGCCCGAGGGUGCGAAGCGUGAAGGCGCUCUCUAUCCUGACGGUGCGCACCUCACGGAUCUCAAGGAAGUCCGCGACCUUCUCUACAAGAUGCAGCGUCCGGCUAUUGCACCCAACCUGGUUUACCCCCAUGACUGGCAAGAGAAGGACCUCGUGCUCUUCCACAACCGCGGCGUGCUGCACACGGUCGUCGGUGCGUUCACUCCCGAGACUGUUCGCGCCUUCCACCAGUGCAACCUCGCCGCGUCCGAAGACCCGGUUGGCCCCUCGGCUGAGGACGUGAAGGCGUGGGCUUGA